AUGGAAUCUAAAUCUUCACUCUUAGGAAUCUUCUUAAUUGCCUGCUCAGAAAUCUUGACCUAUUCUAUGGCUUUAGCCUCGCCAUUGGUUAAAAGGGCCUCUCUAUGUAAUGCUAUCUGUGUUGGUCAUUGUGAUACCUGCGCGUUUGUUAGUUCGAAUUGUACUGAU